UGCAGCGGAGAUUUUCACUUUCAUUUCAGCUCCAGCGAGUCGAAGCAGAGAGAAGUGUUUGAGACUGAUCGAGGAAAGAUUGUGUUGAUGGAUCUGAAGGAGGGGACUCGACAAUGCAGACAAUGCCACAAACCAGUUGCAGAGACUAACUUCGCUCUGCAUGAAACUCACUGCAGACGCUUCCUGUGCGUCUGUCCCGACUGUGAUGAGGCGGUUCCUCGAGAGCAGCUGGACCAGCACAGAGAGGAGCAGCACACACAGGUGAGAUGCUCGAAGUGCAACCAGAGGAUGGAGCGUUGUCAGCUGUUAGAUCAUGAGACUGACGAGUGUGGCGAGCGCAUGCAGAGCUGUCACUUCUGCGAGCUGGAGAUGCCGUUCAAGAAGCUGGACGAACACACCGUGGUCUGUGGGAGCCGCACCGAGCACUGCAGGGACUGUGGCCGCUACGUGACCCUGAGGGACCAGCCCGAGCACGCUUUGACCUGCUCGGACGCCGCCAACACAUCUGGUCCCCCUCAAACUACCAGAACACUACCACCAAACAAAGUGGAAGGUCGAGCUUCAUCGCCAGCAGAGGAAGACGAGCAGCUGGAGCGCGUUCUUCCAGCCAGCUCUGAGCACAAAGAGGCGGAGUCAGAGGAAGACGAGGAAGAGAGCGAGGCCUCUCCUCGACUGAGCAGCACCUACAGAGCGACCUCGCUGUCAAACGGACCGAGAAAUGGUCCUGGGGGAGACCCAGACCAGAUCAGCACCUGCCCCCACUGUCACCUGGCUCUGCCCGUCCCCACUCUUCGCUGGCACCAGGUGAAGUGCAGGAACCACGCCCUCUUCAGGUAAAGAGAGAGAGAGCGUCACGCGGUGGAUCAGCGUCCUCAAACUGAUGGAAGACGAGACUAAGAACUGUUCGACCGUUUGAUUAUAAUCAGAAUCCUGGGUUUUAUUUGUGUCUAAAGGAAGGUUCACGUGGUUUCACGUGUUUUUAAGACUUGUUUGCUCCACGACUCCACGUCUUCAUUCGUCAACCAGUUUCCUCUGACGUCAAGCUGAAGGCGGAAAGUUCAAAUCCUGUUAUGAUGUCUUCACUGUUAUAUUCAUCAUGUCGCUGCUGUAACGAUCAGGAACUGAUGUGAAGAGACCAAUAAAAACAUCUUGUCAUUCGA